AGUGCAGAUGUACGUACGAUGGUUAACGAAGAGGGGAACUGAAGGUCAUGGGAGAGGCGGCUCCGACCCAGGCUACCCCAAGUGGUUUUGCACCCAUGUUGGGCGUCGGGAUGGGAGGAUCAGUCACACCAAUCGCCACUUCAAGAGGAUCAGCCGUUCCUCAGCUCCACAGCGCCAUAGUGGAGCGUUUGCGUGCCAGAAUAGAGUUGUGCCGGCGGCAUCACUCCACCUGCGAGGACCGCUAUGUACGCGGUCAGGCGGAAAGUUUGGACCGGGAGCACGAGAGCACACUCCAUCUCUUAAACAUCGUCCAUCAGGGCCCCGGGACCAGGAAGCCCAAGGGCAGUAGAUCGGCCUCUCAGCAGCCUCCUGAAUACAGCAGAGUGAAUGGUGAACAUAAAGCCCACAGUUCAUCGGAGGCGGAAUCCAAAAUUUCUUCGCAAAUAGCACAGGGACUGAGAAGAAAGAUUGAAGCGCAGUCUCCUGGAUAUACAUCCAAGCAGAAUGGCCUGCCCUGUGGGGCAUCAGGAUCCGACUUCAAGCGCCUCCGUAUGGAGCCCAGCUCUUUCCGACCUGGUUCCUGUGCUUUGGCUUCAGGACAGACUCAAAGAUUGGUUGGCGAGGCCACCCAGGGUAACAUCCUUCGAAGAAAGGACACCUUCAUGAUGCCUCACGGAAUCAGCAGUGAUUUAUUCAACAUAACUCUAAGGGAUAUGAAGAAGGAACCGACUGAAGUUCAGACCUGUGGCCAGUCGUGCACAGACCCUUCCUCGUUGACGUUUGACUUCAAAGAUGAAGUAAGUGGACAGAUUGACCCAGAGCUCCAGGACCUGUUUGAUGAGCUCACCAAGACCGUACCAUCACUCAAUGAUCUAGAGCUGGAGAAGAUGCUAAAGCAAGAUGAUGACUUUGGCCUGGAUCUGGGUCGACCCAGUUCAGCUGGUGCGGCUCCUCCUUGUGUUCACCUGGAUAAGCCGAUCAAGACAGAGUACUCACCAGAUUUUAGCCAGGCCGCUGGAAGCUCUCCACAACUCAGACCAGCCUCUGCCGGACCUUCUUUCUCCAUGGCCAACACAACUUUAUCCACCUCACCCAUCACUUCAGGGCACCAUGGACCUACCGGAGGUCCCUCUCGAGGUCUUCCAGCAUGGCCUGAGAUGUCACAUGCUGAGCAGCUAAAGCAAAUGGCUGCUAACCAACAACAGCCCAACUCUAUGCUCCACAACCACCAGCAGAGUCAAGCAGCAGGGGUUCGGAACUGGUCUUCCGCCUUGGGUGUCCACCAAACUCCUGGUGGUUUCAAUCAGGAGACUGUUCCCAGUAAUGCUUCCCUUUCUCAGCAGAGACUUAACGCUCAGAGUGCUGGUCAGGCCAAAGGCAUGUCCAACUGCUUUCUGAAGCCCAAUGAAUUUAACCAAUCCCAUCACAUUGACACAAAGGUUCUCAGCACUAAGCCCCUGCUGCAUUUCAGCCCUAAAGCACCACCUUCCACCACAGGCCAACAAAUGCCCAUCAUGGCUGCUCCACCGAACAAAACAACCAUGCAACAGCAGCCGUCUACAGCAGGCCAAGGCAUGCAUUUUCAGAACUGCCAGCUGCCCAUGCAGCCAUCUGCCUGCCUACAAACUAAGCCUCUAAGUCAAAGGCCUUCACUCAGUCAACAUAGUGCUGGAAUCAGUUUCAAAAUGGCACAGCAGAGACAGGCGUUGUGUGGAGUGCCUUGA